AUGCCGCCAAGAUUCUUCAGGAGAAGAGGAAAAGGCAAGGGGCCAAUCACCGCCCCCAAUAAUAAUGAAGCUGGACCCUCGAAUGCGCGAGCUCCAUCUACCACGGAGAGUGACGAUCCCCGGCAGAACCGGAGGAACCUCUUUGAGCCGGCUAGACGGUCGGUCUCACACAGUUCAACACCUCCUAACCCUUAUGGGCCACAACCAGAUUAUGAGCCCAACAACCCUCAACCUUCAUACAUACCAUUACAGCGAUCCUUAUCGCACAACUCCUUCGGUGACCCUACACCAGUUUUUAGGGGCCCGUUUAACCCGGCAAACUUCCUGCAAGAACCAGGGAAUUUUAACCCAUUAGGUCCAGAAGAUCAUUUCUCUGGAGAUCAUGCGGACGACAUGGACGAGGAUACGGACCCUGUCGAGCCUGCCAGUGGCACACCAAACCACCCGAUAGAGAUCUCGGAUGGAUCUUCCUUCCACGGAUCACCCUAUGUUGGUCCAGAUAGCUUUCAAGCUAUGUUUACCAGGCACGAAUGGUACUAUACGCCUCCUCGCCAUACAUCACCUCAGCAGCAGCAACACCAGCAACAAGAUCCCUUUGAGGAUCCAAGGUUCGUGGCAGUCACGCCACCACCUCCUCCACCCCCAGUUCAACCGGCACCCCCGCAACCACCAAGGCGUAGGAGAACCGGAGCGCGUAUAUCUGCGCGAACAGGAGACUUUCAUUUUAGUUCUCCACUACAAUCAAGCGGCCAGCCACUACCCGCCACAUCAAGAAGAUCCACAAAUGGGUGGGCCUUCACACCCAGUUGCACCACAACCACCGCCUAUGGGUUUUGA